AUGGCCCUUGUUAUUAGGUUUGUUGAUAGAAAUGGAUUUAUACGAGAACGAUUUUUGGAUAUAGUUCAUGUCAAAGAUACAACUGCUGCAACUCUUAAGGAAGAGAUUUCCUUUGUUUUAUCUCAUCAUAAUCUGGAUGUUCAAAAUAUUAAGGGUCAAGGGUAUGAUGGUGCCAGUAAUAUGCGUGGAGAGUGGAAUGCUAGAGAAAUAUCUGAUGUUCACACUUUCUUUCAGAACUUGAUUUUUAUUAUUAACAUUGUUAGUGCUUCUUGCAAGCGUAAUGAUGAAUUAUGGGCUUUUCAAGCAGCUAUAAUUGAACAUUUAGUUGAUAUUGGUGAGAUUGAAACGGGUAAAGGAGUUAAUCAAGAUGUUAUGGGAAUUACUGAUAUGCUUUGCCAAGCUCUGCAACAAAAAUCUCAAGACAUUUUAAAUGCUAUGCAUUUAGUGACUACCACAAAGACUUUAAUUCAGAAGUUAAGAGAUGAUGGUUGGAAAACUCUUUUAGAAGAAGUGACAUCAUUUUGUAAGCAUCAAGACAUUGAAGUUCUUGAUAUGGAUGCUUGUUUCUCUAGUGUGGGACGAUCUCGCCGUAAACAAAAAUCAGUAACAGUUGAACAUCACUACCGAGUUGAUAUAUUUACAGCUAUCAUUGAUCAACAAUUGCAAGAGCUAAAUAAUAGAUUCAAUGAGCAGGCAAUCGAGCUUCUUAAGUUGAGCACAACUUUAGAUCCUAGAAAUAGCUAUAAACUAUUCAAUGUUGAAGAUAUAUGCUUACUUGUUGAAAACUUCUAUCCUCAAGAUUUUUCUGACCAAGAAAAAAUUCAUUUGAGACUUUAG